AUGGCUGCUGACCCUCGUAUAAGCGACAGAGAGCUGGCAGCAAUCAAUGCUGCUGCAGUAACACGGGAGUAUCGCGUGCAGCCUCAUCUCGAUUACCGCACUGUAUCUGCAGUAAAUGGCCCUCUAGUGGUCUUAGAUAACGUCAAGUUCCCUUCAUAUAACGAAAUCGUGCAACUUACUUUGCCGGACGGCUCAAAACGUGGUGGUCAGGUGUUGGAAGUGCAAGGCAAAAAGGCCAUCGUCCAGGUGUUCGAGGGAACAUCGGGAGUUGACGUCAAGGCUACUCAUGUCGAAUUCACCGGAAGUAGCAUGAAAUUGCCUGUCGCCGAGGACAUGUUAGGUCGUAUAUUCAAUGGCUCUGGUAAUCCCAUCGAUCAGGGACCGAAGGUCUUUGCUGAGGAUUACCUCGAUAUUAAUGGCUCACCGAUCAAUCCAUUCUCUCGCAUAUACCCUGAGGAAAUGAUCCAGACCGGUAUCUCAACUAUCGAUACCAUGAACUCUAUCGCGCGUGGUCAGAAAAUUCCAAUUUUCUCUGCUGCAGGUUUACCCCACAAUGAGAUCGCUGCACAAAUUGUACGUCAAGCCGGUCUUGUCAAGCGGCCCACAAAGGAUGUACACGAUGGUCAUGAAGACAAUUUCUCUGUGGUGUUCGCCGCAAUGGGUGUAAACAUGGAAACCGCGCGGUUCUUCAAAGAAGAUUUCGAGUCGAAUGGAAGUCUUGAUCGAGUGACGCUCUUCUUGAACUUGGCCAAUGAUCCUACCAUCGAGCGUAUCAUCACUCCCCGGCUUGCGCUGACGACAGCAGAAUACUACGCUUACCAGCUCGAGAAACACGUUUUGGUCAUUUUAACCGACAUGUCGUCUUAUGCUGAUGCCUUGCGUGAGGUUUCCGCAGCUCGUGAGGAAGUUCCUGGCCGUCGUGGUUACCCCGGUUACAUGUACACUGAUCUCUCGACGAUCUAUGAACGUGCUGGUCGAGUAGAGGGCCGCAAUGGCUCUAUUACUCAGAUUCCCAUUCUGACCAUGCCGAAUGAUGAUAUUACGCAUCCCAUCCCCGAUUUGACUGGGUACAUUACAGAGGGUCAAAUCUUUGUCGACCGUCAGUUGCACAACAGACAAAUAUACCCUCCUAUCAACGUACUGCCUUCUCUCUCGCGUCUCAUGAAGAGCGCCAUUGGUGAGAAACUUACCAGAAAAGAUCACGGCGAUGUUUCCAAUCAGUUGUAUGCCAAGUAUGCGAUUGGUCGUGAUGCCGCAGCCAUGAAAGCUGUUGUUGGUGAGGAGGCGUUAUCAUCUGAAGACAAACUUGCCUUGGAGUUCCUUGACAAAUUCGAACACCAAUUCGUAGGACAGGGCCCUUACGAGUCUCGCACCGUCUUCGAGUCCCUAGACCUUGCAUGGUCCUUGCUUCGCAUUUUCCCGAAGGAGCAACUCAAUCGAAUCAACCCGAAGAUCAUCGCAGAGUUCUAUGGGCGGAAACCCACGAAGAAGGUUGCCUCUGAAGAGCAACCGGAUGGACCAGGAGAAGGAAAAUUAAUUGACGCAUAGUUGACGAUCAUUAAUAAGCGAACAAAGGACUUGAUCGCUUUUUCAUUCUCCCUGCUCCCUAUGUACUUGAAUACAGCAUUAAUUCCAGCUAACCUGUCACCCAACUGACGCAUACGAUUAUCUUUCUUCCGAACAAACCUGAAGCGGGCGAGCCACAGCUGCGAAACUUCACAUGCUUCACAGGCGCUUCACGGGACAAGUAUACACCUAAUGAGUCCUAGUGCCACAGAUGGUGGUAUCUAAUCGAUGGGGUCGCAGGGAUGGUAUUGAUCAGGUUAAAUCCGGUUUAACCUUGGAUGUGUGUUCCUAUUUUGGUGAGAAAGGCCAAGAAAGAGGCAGGAAAGCCAAACUGGACAACUGGUUGCUGUUGGACAGAUAUACAUUCGCGGCACGAGCAUGACAGCUUUUCACACCAAAGCGGCGAGAAACCCAAACCCUUCUAAGAGAAUCGUUUAUGUCAAUUUUACGAGAUAGAAGCACACGGGUGUGUUCUGAGGCUUAGAUAGGCAUUAGAUAACCGUUGGUCGGUAGAGGGCGCAAAGAGGAGGAUGUGCAUGAAAGGUAGGUUGUAGCAAUGAGGCUGUCGAGCCUGUCUUGAAAAGCGUUGCAUAUCCGUAGUGAACGGAGGACCUCAGAGGAAGAAGGCUGAAAGUGUAAGUGUUGUCGUGUUGCCUGUCCAUUAUGUCCAUUAUGGCAUUAGGUGCGUCCUGGGCGGCCCGGGGUGAACAUUAGCCCUUGAAGUUCAGUUGCAAGAGUGGAAAAUGAAGAAGACGGUAAAGGAAAUGGGCGGGUGACUGGUAACCACACGUAGAAAUAGUGGAUUACCUGAGGAGGCACGGAUCGCACAAGGCGAGGUAAUGGAGCAGUGCCCGCGAUGAUAUAAAAAUGUAGAAUGAUGAAGGAACACAGGGUCGUAUUUUCUUUGUCCGGAGCGUCGUUCCUUGUGAAAAAUGUUGGACUGGAGGAUCAUGCGGACGAGUAGAAAGAUGUCAAGAUUGCCAAUUGUAGACGGGACCAGCAUCGGGGGUCUUGAAGAGACGCCGUGAUUAAUUUCCGGGGCAAGAAAGAGGACAGCAUGUCUAGUUGUAUUUGGCAAAACAUCGGUUUACACCGAAUGGGAGCUAGUGAUGCAAACGAGUGAUUCCCGAAAAGUCUCAUGAGGAUAAGAGCUGUACGUGAGGAGAACAAGUAGGAGAGGAGAGAAAGGAGUCUCGCCGCGGAAGUUCUCAUCCCGCAACGUAAUGUAUGAGUGCGUUGCCUUUUCAAGUUGGCAGAACUGACCGUGGUUUCCUCCGGGUCUAUAGUUACACAUAGCAGGAGGAAGACAGCGACGUCAAGGCUGAGAUGUGAGAAUUGCUGGUGUGUGAAAAUGAGGAGAUGGAGG